GCUAACCAGCUGUUUUAAGUAACGGGCGUUGCCAUACUAGUAUAUUGCGGUGACAUCUAGCGGUUGAAGCGAGCAGCUUGCACUAUGAAUUACAACAACAUAUCAGACAUGCCGCGCUCAGCAAAAACGCAUUCUGGCCAUCUCCUAAAUUCCCUGUGUAAUGGGUACUCUGCCGCAGCCACAGCGAAUAAACGUCAGCAACAGCUGUUCGCAGAGGCCAAAACAAAAAGAAUCACUCAUCAAUUGGAAGCAAACAAAUCGUCGGAGGCGAUAGGCAUAAUGGGUAACAAACAAGUGCGCCAGCAUCUGGAAACGGCGCAAAAAACUGGUAUUCUAAAGAUUUCUCUGCAACGUUUGCAGGAGUUCCCACCGCAACUAAAAAACUAUCCAAAUGUGCUCAAGACGCUAGAUCUUUCCGAGAAUCGAUUCGAGCGCAUACCUGACGAACUGGGUCACUUUACGCUGGUGAAACACUUGAACUUGAGCGGGAAUAAGCUCGUAGAGCUGCCAGACGUGAUAGGCGAGCUAACUAAACUUGAAGUGUUGCUACUGAUGAACAACUAUAUUGUUAGAUUACCAAAAACUCUAUCAAAUUGCAAUAAUUUGAAAACUGUCAAUCUGUCCAAUAAUCAAAUCAAGGAGUUCCCCACCAUGCUGUGUGGACUUAAACACUUGGACGUUUUAGACUUGUCACGCAAUAAAAUAACCGCCGUACCUUCGGAAGUGGGCUCACUUUACACGACUGAACUCAAUCUUAAUCAAAAUCAAAUUUCAAUACUUUCUGAAGAAAUUGCAGCGUGUCCAAAACUUAAAGUUUUGCGGCUGGAAGAGAACUGCUUGCAAGCUAGCGCAUUUACACCACGUAUACUAAAAGAAUCAAAAAUAUGUAAUUUAUCUGUCGAUGGGAACCUAUUUAAUAAUAAACAAUUUACCGAUUUGGAAGGAUACGAGGUUUAUAUGGAACGUUAUACAGCGGUUAAAAAGAAGAUGUUUUAAGUAAUGGA